AAAGUACAUAUGAAAAGAUUUCUCGGACACCAAUUAAAACCCAAUAAAAUCAUGGCGUGCGUAAGUAAUCUUCUGAUUUCUUGAUUUCAAACUUGUCAGAACUUAGGUAUAUUAAGAUAUUUUGGGCUCAACGAAUCAGAUAGUAAAAUCUUUUGAAGUUUAUCAAGAUUUCUGGAAUUGAUGAAAUCCCAUCUUCUCGGGAAUCAAACUCAUUCUUUUCAAAGGAUUUAGUAAAAGGUUACAUCACAUAUAUGUUGCUUUAGCAGAGAGGAAGAUUGGAACUCGAUUCCGAUGAGUAUAAAAUGCAUGUAUGACAUAUCUUGCUAAAGUUCUUGAACCCCAAGACUAUGAACAAUUGGACCGUAUGGAUGUAUCUCUUAUCGUCUGCUCAUAGUCCAUUUGUUGAGGACAAAAAUAUCUAUGUCCUGGAAUGAAUGGGAAACCGAAAAAGUGAAACCAGUUUCUCAUUGUGGAAUGCUACAAAGUGGAUAGUCAGUUUUUCAUCCCCAGGGGCAAACUUUUAGUCAAACUAGUUGUUCUGUUCUAAUGACUUUGUCUUUCUCUUGUUCGCUGUUUUGGGGCCAAAUAUUUUUCAAAUAAAGAUUUCAGUUGUCCUUUGGUGAAAUGUCUAACCACCAAUUUUCUUUUUCAACAUAAACUAAAGCCUUCAAUUAUGAAGCAAGCGCUCCCAUGUUUCGGUCAAAUACUGUGACUUUGACUAAAAAUUAGUCUCUUCUUAUAACAUAAUAUAAGGUCUAUUGCAUGCUCGAAGUGGUAAAGAACACUAAAGAUGGAGAUAGAAAUGGAGGUGGAGAAGAUGAUUUCUUCAGGUGACAAUGAAGAUGAAGAUGUUGUGCUUCCUGGUUUUCGUUUUCAUCCUACUGAUGAAGAGCUUGUGGGGUUUUAUCUUAAAAGGAAGGUGGAGAAGAAACACUUUAGUAUUGACCUAAUCAAACAUGUUGAUAUCUACAAAUAUGAUCCUUGGGAUCUUCCAAUCAGCAAAGUGAGCACUGUUACAGAGAAGGAAUGGUACUUCUUUUGCAGAAGAGGUAGAAAAUACAGGAAUAGCAUAAGGCCAAACAGGGUUACAGGGUCAGGAUUCUGGAAAGCUACUGGUAUCGACAAGCCAAUAUAUUCUGUUGGAGGAUUUAAGGAUUGCAUAGGCCUGAAGAAAUCCUUAGUCUAUUACCGGGGAAGUGCAGGAAAAGGCACCAAAACUGAUUGGAUGAUGCAUGAGUUUCGCCUUCCAACCGGUCAAAAUCCUAGUCUCUCAAAUAAUAAUAAGGAGAACUUGCCAGAAGCAGAAGUUUGGACACUUUGCAGAAUCUUUGAGCGUGAUGUUUCAUGUAGAAAGUAUGCAUCAGAUUGGCAAAAUAAGACGAACAAUCAUUCCAAAAAAUAUACUACUACUAGCAACUCCAGAAUAUGCAGUAGUAUAGAGACAGACAAUAAUGUCAAGGUUAAAAGUUUUGGAGUUUUAGAUGAUAAGGUGAUUGAAAGGAAGCUUGUCAAUGAUCAUUUCCCUGGAAGGAGCCAGUUCUUUGCAGGAACAACUCAAGUUCUUCCAUCAUGUUUAAGCUUUUCUAACCCACAUGGAGAUGAAUACUUCGGGCACCAGAACUGGGAUGAGCUUAGGCCAGUAGUUGACUAUACCUUAGGUACACCACUGCUAUAUGGUGAUUUAUAGUCACGUUGAGGGAUAUUAUAUAUAUAUAUAUAUAUAUAUAUAUAUCUUAUCAUCGGUACUCAUGGGAUAUAUCACUUCGAUCUUUUUUAAUAAUCCUGAACCUGUCUUACAGAUAUACACCAAUCAAUUUUAAGUUGGAUCCUCUGGUUUUAGUGUAGAAAAACUAGAUGCAGACGAUAAUCACACAAAAUAAUGUCGAGAGAGAUAGGGAUUUUUUUUUAAUACAUGGGAACCAGUAGCGGAUUAGUGUGUUUAGGAUCAAAAAUAAUUUAGAGAAAACAAUCUGAUCUAAACUUGGUUUAAUAGUGAAGUUCAUUAGAACAUGGCCAUGUCUCUUCUUGGUUUUAAAUUGCAGCAUGGUCCAAGGGCAGAUACAUACUGGUCGGAGUUACUUCCAAAGGUCGAGCGGCUACGGGAGUUGCUAGCUGCUACGGUUGUCACACCCUCUGAUGUUCUUUGCUUUUUUUCUCUUUUCUGUCUUGGGUUUUUUGUUUGGGUGUAAUACUUAUCAUCCUCUUUCAAUGUGAAAUUACUACUGUACUGUGUUGAAAUAGUGUAGUGAACGUGGCUAACAGAAAAUUAAAUGCUAUUUCCCUUUCUCAAUUUUUUUUGUUUUAAUUGCUUAGCCAAAAACAAGCAAUGGCUAUAACUUUCGUUUUAUUGUAAGUUUUUUCGUCAGGAAACAAAUAUGGUUGAGUUUAAACAAUUUUUUUUAAAGAUAGAAAAAAAAUUCCAUGUUCUCAAAUUUAAAUUUCGAUUUACUAAAUAUCAUUUUUUAAAAAUAAUUGCAUAACUUAAUUUACAUACAAAACUACCAAUAUUUUACACUUAGUUCAUUCGCUUUUCAGUAAAAUAAGAAAAAAAA